UGGACUCUCUGCUUCAGGUCAGCAUCUCUUCCGAUUACUAUUGACCUUUGCCACAUGGCCCAUUGAAAACUUUCCCGUAUAUCAUCCAUACCUCGUUCUCGCCUUUAGUCGCACAACUUAGCAAUUGCCUCCCUGGAAAGGCAACAAAAAAGCAUUGUUUUACCAUUUAUCUAUCGCCAUGGCCCUCUGCCGGCCUUUUGCGCUUCCUCGGCAACUGCUGCGACCAGUGGUUCGCAGCUCACUUGGAUACAACACAGAGCAACGCAAUAGCUUUGCAACAGCAGUACCUCCGGUGACUCAAGAUGCAACUAGCUCCAAGGGCCCUACUGCAAUGGUAUUUCUGAACAUGGGUGGCCCAUCUACUACGGGUGAGGUGGAAGACUUCCUCAGCAGAUUAUUUGCCGACGGUGAUCUGAUUCCCUUGGGGCGACUUCAAACAUAUCUCGGACCGCUUAUUGCAAAGAGGAGGACACCCAAGAUUCAAAAACAAUAUGCCGAUAUUGGAGGUGGCUCUCCUAUCCGAAAGUGGUCCGAGUACCAAUGCCAGGAAAUGUGUAAAUUGCUUGAUAAACUCAAUCCUGAAAGUGCGCCUCAUAAACCCUACGUGGCAUUUCGGUAUGCUGCACCUUUGACCGAAGAGAUGUAUACACAAUUGCUAGAUGAUGGUUUUGGAAGAGGAAAAGGCGGUCGCGCUGUCGCAUUUACGCAAUAUCCACAAUACUCCUGCUCUACUACGGGCAGCUCUUUGAACGAGCUGUGGAAAUGGAGGAAUCGGCUAGAGGGCAAAAACGCCAAUGGGAGCCAGGAUUCCACCGGUACUAUCCAGUGGAGUGUCAUUGAUCGGUGGCCGACCCAUCCCGGCCUAGUGGAAGCUUUCGCGAAGAACAUUGAGGAUCAACUUAAGACAUAUCCGGAAGACAAAAGGAAUAGUGUCGUCCUGCUGUUCUCUGCCCACAGUUUGCCUAUGAGCGUGGUGAAUAGAGGUGACCCGUAUCCAGCUGAAGUGGCAGCCACUGUGCAUGCAGUAAUGCAAAGACUUAACUUUAGCAACCCUUACCGGUUGUGCUGGCAAUCUCAGGUGGGCCCAUCCGCAUGGCUUGGAGCCCAGACCAGCGACACUGUCCAAGAGUAUGUGAAGCGUGGACAGACUGAUAUUGUUCUUGUACCGAUUGCCUUCACUAGCGACCACAUUGAAACAUUAUAUGAGCUGGACCUUGAAGUAAUGGAAGAGGCGAACUCCCCUGGAGUCAAGCGAGCGGAGAGUCUGAACGGAAGCCCUAUUUUCAUACAAGCCCUUGCGGAUAUCGCGCAAGAGCAUUUGCGCAAGGGAGAAAAAUGCUCUCGACAGAUGACGCUACGCUGCCAGGGUUGUAAGAGUGACAGAUGCUUGGAGCAGAAAAAGUUCUUUGCUGGUGAAGAAGCCUCUUCUCUUGUUGUAUAGAACUAUCCCGUACGUAUUUUCUCUUCAUUCCUCAAUUCCAAAUGUAUUAUCUAGUCAAACAAAAUAUAUUAUGCAUUGCAGAUUCAUUGGUUAGAAAGUAUAG